GACUUUUGAGAGGUGUGAGUUGCAAAGCGCCGUUGCGGAUUUUUUCCUAUUCUUUUUUCAAACCGAAUUCUUUGAAUUUUUGUUUUUCCUAACGAUAUUUAAGGCGAUUUCGCUUCCUAAUUACGAAAAUCUACUUCCGAUCGGAUAAAAUAGCCAGAAAAACGAGAAAAUUGAAGACAACUAAAAGAGUUUUUAGUACAUUUAGUACAGAGUUUAGCACUGCAGAUGGCGUUCGUUGAUGGGGUUGGUUUUUGAGUGCAUUUUCAUUGAAAAUUACCCCCCAGGAGCGUGCGUGAGUGUGCAAUGGCGUCCAAUUUGAAGGAGGAGAACGACAACAAUCCCUGCUCGCAGGUGGAAAUUGGCAAAAUGCUCGCCACGACGAAGCGGAAUCCAAAGGUUGACUUUAGCAAGUCAGAUCUCCUCAAAUUGCUCAGCUACAUGGAAGGGGAGCUUCAGGCGCGUGACGUUGUGAUUGCAGCACUCAAGUCGGAGAGGAUAAAGCAACUCAUUCACAUAACUCACUACAAACCACCGAGUCUCAAUGAUCCCAAUGCAGCUCUCUUCCGGGACAAUCUCAUCCUAUCCGGAAACAUUGCCAGUCGACAGUCAUCAAUUGCAGCAGCGGCGUCAGAGCAGGAGGCACGAAUGUACCCGAGUCAGCAGCUGGAGUAUCUGCAGAAGACACUUUCGAAUCAACGGUUAACCUUACGCAACAUCACGGACCUCCUGAAGGAGUCCAAGGAUAAAUUCUGUCAAGCUAUGCUGGAUUUCGAGGAGGAACGUCGUCAAAGUGCCGACAGUAAUCCCAUAAGUUCAGCAGAACGCGUCAAGUUGCGGCAAGUUGUGUUUGAGGAGCUCGAAAUUGAGAAGAAUACACGGCAGCGGGCAGAGGAAGAGGCGAAGAAGCUCCAGAAGACACUUGAUGCCGAAAGGGCGCGUCAGAAGCAAAUGGUUCUGUUCCUCCUGAGUGAGCGCAAGCAGAUCAUCAUGAAGUACAAUGAGGAACGCAAGAGAUCCGAAGAUUUAGCACAGAUCCUGUCGGAGGAGAAGCAACGUGUUGACACCAUUGCCGAGGGCUUGGAGGAGGAGAGUAAGAAAUCCCUGCGCAUGGAGGCAGAGCUGGAGAAGCAAAUGCAAACGUUCGAGGCGGAGCGGAAGCUCCUCAAGGCCGCCAAGGAGAAGGAGGAGAAACGCAUUAAGGAGCUGGAGCAUGAAAUUCUGCAAAUUCGUGCUGAAUACGAUGCUCUGAAGAAGACAAUGCUGGGGAAUGUGGGGCAGUUGGAUGAUGCAAGUGGGAUUAGUCCCAUGAUGUCGAGUGUGGCCAAAGUUGUUCAACCAACUGCAACUGUAUCCAGUGUACCAGUUUCCGGGCCGACAACUGGAGUGGCACGAUCAAUUUCAUCAGGUCAAACACUCAGGCAAACAGCAACAAUGCCCGAAACUGCUAGUGGAUUUGCCACAACAAAAGCGGCACCACGGAAGAUGCCGAGUACACCGGCAAUGCAGUCCAGUUCAACUGCAGCACCGGCAAAUUUGGCCACAAUCAAUCCCAAACCUGGGGUGUCGCUACCUCAGCAGCAGGGAAUGCAGAAGAAAUCCCCAGCAAUGCCACCACUUGGGCGUGGGGUUCCACCACCAAUUCCCCCCAAUAAGCCAGUUAUUCCGCCAAAGCGUGACCCAUCGUCUUCUCGCAUUGCUCAAGCGGCUGCAGGAACAGCCAGUGGCAAGGAGAAGGAUGAUGGGGGCAUUGUUGGGGACAUUGCAAACACGGAGAAUGAUCUCGGGCAGAAUUAUCAACAAAUCGCCUGCGGUGGCAAUACCGAGAAAAGAUAAAACAAAACAACAAAAACAGCCGAAAGUUAAGGAUUUUAUAUAAAAGUCGCAUGAAAAAGGAGAGAUUAUUAGGAUUUAUUAAAAACAAAGGAGUAAGGAAGAGAGUGAAAAGUAAAGAAUAAAAAACUGAGAAAAUACCACCAAUAUUUAGAAUAUUUUGCAAUCUCACAAACAAAAAGUUCCGAAUACUAAUAAAAAACAAAUGAAAAUGAAAUGAAAACUCAGCCAUUAGAAAGCUUUUACUUAAGUAGGAAUUUACUUAAUUCAAAAGGAUGUUUCCGGUGAUAUUUUAUGAUUGAUUUCUGCCAUGAAAAUGCAGCUUACUUAUUUUAUUUUAUUUUUAUUGAUUAAUUAAAAAUAGAUAUAGGUACUUUAAAAAAUAUAAAGUAGAUAGAAUAGAUAUUUCGAGUCAUAUUUACUAUAUAUUUUACAUACUAAAAUAUAUUUUUUAAAUUUUAACAAACAGAUUUCUCUAAAAUAUAUUUUUGAUUAUUUUUUUGUCAUUUUAUCUUCUUAUUUCUUAUAUUUUAUUUUUUAAAACUUUUAUUUAUAAAUUCUCUAAUAUCUUUUUUUUUGUACAAAAGUAUAACUUGUAAGGAUUCUUAAUUAAUUUAUGACAAAAAAAUACGAAUAAAAAGGACUGUAGGAUCAUUGACCAAUAUACAUAUAACCAUAUAUGUUUUCCAUCUCCAAUGAAAAACCAUGAAAAAAAUACAUUUUCUCAUUAAAUGGAAUGUAAAAAAAGGGAAAAUUUGUUAAUUUCUUUUUUUCUUCUAAAAUUAUGGGGAAAAAAGUAAAGAAAACUGAUCUGAAGAAUGAAUUAAAAGAUUGAAUGGAAACAAUAUAAGAAAAUAUUGAAUUAUUUGUAGUUUAGAAUGAAAAAUUAUAUAUAUUAUUAAUUUGUAGUAAAAAAAAACUACAUAAAAUGUACGGGUAAGCUGACCAAGCUUACGAGAGCUGUGUUUCUUUCAGUGUACCAAUUUUGUGAGAGCAAACUAGAACGCGAAUUUGUUUAAAUACGCGCAAAGUCGGGAAAAGUUGAAAAGUCAUCCCCCAAGAAAUCUUUAAAACGCCAUAUCUCGGGAACGGCUCCAUAAAUUUUCGAGUUUGAGCUAUCGUUGGAAAGGUCUUAACCUCAACUAUAAUAUAUUAAAAUAUGAAGUAAAUCGAUAAUGGCAUUUUCGAAAUAUUCGAGUUCGAAAUUUUCGAAAAUUUUGAUUUUGACUUUAGCGCCUCUCGCGGUCAUUUCUCGAACUUGCAAUGUUCUAGACAUUUGUAGGGCUUCACGAAACCUUUCAUUUGCACUUGAGUUGAUCAAAAUCGGACUUGUAGAACCCGAGAUAUGACAUGCCAACUUUGGAAGGCUAUAUCUCGAGAACGGAGACAUAGAAUUUCUUCAUUUUUGGCAUGGAGCUAGAUAAUAUGGUCAGCUAUAACAUAUCAAAAAAUGAAGCAAAUCGAUAAUGGCGUUUUCGAGAUAUUCAUCGAAAAGUAAUCGAAAAUUUUGUUUUUGAUUUUUGGCCCCCUAGCGGUCACUUUUGAAACUUCGGAGGUUCUAGAGAGUUGUAGCGCUUGUUGAGAGCUUUCAUUUGAGCCUGGGUUGAUCAAAAUCGGUCAAGCCGUUUUCGAGUUAUGAUCGAUUUUCGAUGAAAAAUUGUGGCGGCCAUAUUGACUAAACGGCUUGACCGAUUUUCGAAAAUGAGGUAUCGUUGGAAAGGUAUUGAUGGCCCCUACAACAUAUCAAAAUUUCAGCCAUCUAGCUAUAAUAGCGGCUGAGAUAUAGCGAAAACAAAAUUUUGAGGUUAUUCAAAAUGGCGGACGGGGGGGUGGGGGGGUGGAUUUGACCUCAUAAUCGGAUUUCUUCAGGUCGAUAUUUAAACUUUGCCGUUUACCGCAAGUCUCUAUCUAUCACCGUUCUCUUGCAAUUUAAGUUUAUAAUCCGGCCGGCCGGCCGGCCGGCCGGACGGACGGACGGACGGCCGGCCGGAAAAAAAAUUUUUUUGGCGCAUACGUUUUUUGGAAUGUGGGGACCCUAAUUCGUGCUCAUCCCAAGUUUGAGCCCGAUCUGACGACUUUCGAUUUUGCUCGGUACACAAAAGCUGUGUCUGAAAGAAACACAGCUAAAAUCAAUAAAAAAUAAUCUGUAGAUAUUAGAAGAAAGAGAAAUAUAGCUUCUUUAUAUAAAAAAAAUAUUAUUCAUGCGUAAGGUAUGCUAAUUGAGAGAAAAAAUAUCCUACUAAUUAAAAUUAAACUGAGAAAGCUAUUUAUAUUGAAGAUUUUUAGUCUUUUCUUUUGAAAUUAUCCUUAAAAAAAUAAUCUUUUUCCAAAUAGUUUUGGGAGAUUGAUAGGUUAAUCGGUUAACGCUCGGAAUUGACCCAAAACAGUUCACAAUUCCGAGUGAAGCAGGUUCAAUUCCCGACUUGGAAGAAACUUAAAAUUAUUUUUCUAAAGAAAAUUUCCAAAUUUUUCUUCUUUUAAUAUUAUUUUCUAUCGAGAUUAUUUACUUUUAAAUUGAGAUUAAUUCCUUUGGAAUUUAUCUAUCUAUAGCUUCCUCAGUGUUCCCAUACAUACAACUACGACUAUACAUAUUACAGAAUACAAAAAAAAAACAUAAUAAAAAAAAUGAAAAUGUUUAAUAAACGUCAACACACCAAUUUUUAUUCAAUUUGAUGUGCAUAGAUUAAAAAAAAUCUAUUUAUUUAUUAAAAAAUAGAAGAAAAAUCAUUGAUGUAAAAUAAAACAAAACAUAGAUUGAUGCAGAAAAUUUUCCAUUGAAAUAUAAUCUACUUAAAAGAUAAAUCAAUGAGACAGGAGAAAGUGAAAAAGAUAUCAUAAAAAAUAGCAUUGAUAGAGACCGCCAUUUAAUGAAUUUUGUGUUACAUUUAAAAGAAAAAUAAUAUUGAAAAACAGGGAAAUCAUUUUUGAAAUAAAAUAAAAUAAAAAUAAAACUUUCCUUGCUCCAAAGAGGUGAUCAAGGAAGGGGAAAUUACAUGAAAUAGUCGUUGAAUGUGAAAGCCAAUACUCACUCUUGUAGGGCAUGAAGCAUAAAUGUCAAAUUGUAUAAACCAAGGAAUAGAAGGAGAAGGAAGGAAGAAGAAUGUUGAUACUUAUCUAUUGUUAAUGUUCAUGCUAAUUAACUGAUUUAGACAACAUUAUAUAGACAGAAUCAAAAUCAAUAAAUUGAUUUAGAACUGGAA